CAGAUAUUCUGGAGAUAACAUGGCUAUUAUUUUCCCUGAUUGGUUUGCUAUGCAAACAAUACCUGAGCAGUUAAAAGGAUACUUUUAAUUUUUUUCUUUUUGUUUAGUGCUCCAAUGAUGAAAUUCUAUCACAGAGAGUGUCUACAGUAUAUAUAUGCAAGCUCAGCUCUGCUGGAGACACACUGCAAGUACCUUCCUCCCAACCUGACUGCUUCCUUACCCAGUCAAGAAGACCACAAAGUUCAACAAUGGCCAUCACUGACAUCCUCUCUGCUAAAGAUAUUGAAUCUGCUCUCUCCAGCUGCCAGGCUGAUGAUUCUUUCAACUACAAGUCUUUCUUCUCCAUGGUUGGUUUAUCCAGCAAAACUCCUGAUCAGAUAAAGAAAGUUUUUGGAAUCCUUGAUCAGGACAAGAGUGGUUUCAUUGAAGAGGAGGAGCUGCAGCUGUUCCUGAAGAAUUUCUCCUCAAACGCCAGAGCCCUCACCUCGGCAGAGACCAAGGCUUUCCUGGCUGCAGGGGACACCGAUGGUGAUGGCAAAAUUGGAGUGGAAGAAUUCCAGUCUCUGGUGAAGGCAUAAACAGCAUUAGACCAAAGGCAACCUUGGACUGACUCCGCCAAUUACCUCGUCCAGCAAGCACUUCGCACUCAGCAUGUGUUUGUACAUUUUUAUAUUGUUUCAGGCAUUAACAGUUCCCCACACAUGAAGCUCACACACCGGAUUGCUGAGAAACCUUGCAAUGUUUUGGUCACAUGGCAUUGUUACAUUUCCAUUGUAAAGAAGGCACUUUGUGAUUUUCCACCACUGCUAAUGUUGAUAUUGUGGCUGGGAGAGGGGAGAAGACAAUUAAAAAAUCAACUAAACAAAAAGACCCUCGGGAGAAAAAGCUGCUUUUAAAAAUUUUAUUUAGAUUCUCCAUCCUCACGCUUGAGCAUGCUGACUCACCAGACACAGUUUUGAUGAUCUUAAACCAUAUCAUAUCUUCUCAGGCUUAACUGUACUGAUUUAAUUGAGGUUUAUUUCUGUUCAAUUCUCUGAUACUUGAGGAAAAGCAAUGCUGAAAAGAUAGCUAAAAAUAAUUCAUAUUAAGUCCCAACCCUGAGAAUACGAGAAAAAAUUAAGACAUUUCAGAGGAGUUCACACCUAGCUUGAAGCACAGAAUAAGUUUGUGGGUAAUUUUCCAAAAUAAAGAGGUAGACCACAGCAUAAUCGUAUCACCAGAAAGUGUUUAUGGCCUAAAAUGUGUCUCUCCCUUAAGAAGAUUUAUCUUGCAUGAAAUCUAAGGCAGCUGUGAGAUAGAGGAGAAGGGUCUAAUCCUACUCUGACACUGUCACAAGUCAUGGUCCCCUGACAACCUGGGCCACAGGCCUGGAGGUUUUUCCAUGAAUCAUGAGCCUGUUGCUUAUUGUCUCUUAAAAUGGACAAAACAAUAAUAUUUGCCUCAUCUGUGAAUUUCUGCGUUUCCUAUGGAUGAAACUACAGCCAAUCUUGCUGUUUGGUUAUCCUAAAGCUCUUACAUUGUUAAAUAAUGGCCAUUACUCAAGUCUUUCAUUUAUUAUAUGAAUUAUUAUCUAUGUGUUCCAUAAUAUCAGCAGUUUUCUUCAGUCUGAAAACUAAGAACUCAUCUGCCCUUGAGAAGUGUCUUCAGGAUUUAGAGUUGAUUAUAGCAUUGUCUUCAUUAAUGGACAAAGUAAAUAUUGUUCAUGGCUAAAUGCAGAUGUCAGCAGGCUGAGUAGAUGUUGUGCAUCUCUGGCUGAGUGUGUCAGAAAUUUCCCCACCCUGAUUUAGCUGUUUCCUUCCCCAUGUCCCAUGCUGUGGCUCCAGCUCACAAGCAGACUGUAGUUUUAUUGCUCUUCACUAAAACUGAAUGAUAAUUA